UAUUCACUCGGUCUCAUUCCGCGAAUUUCUCAUGCAGAUUAAGAUGUCUUUGGCCAGCGGCCACACCUACCGCCGUCUGGAAGGAGAAGAACUGGAAGAAGCCACAAAAUUCAUUCACAACAGGACAGUUGAACUCAUUCGUCUAGUCCUGGAGACUGGCUCUUCCCAGAGAGGUACACAGAUUUCGCUAACAAGAUCUACAACUUCAAGAUUAAACCCAGCGAUGUUUACGUGAUCACUUUCAUGAAGGUGGGGACGACCUGGACGCAAGAGAUUAUCUGGACGAUGAAGUACAACCCCAACUUGGACCAUCCUGAUCAGGGCCUUCCGAUACUGGAGCGAUCGCCGUUUAUAGAUGCAGAUAUGCUCUUCCCAAAAGAGUUUCCCCCAGAGCUUGCUGAGGCGAGUAAGUCAUUCAUGAGUGGUUUUCUCAAGCACUGCCCAGGUUGCGAUCCAAAAGAUGGCGCCAACUUGCAGUUUGGCGCAGCUAUUCCUGAACCUCGGGUCCUUAAGAGCCACCUGCCGUUAUCACUUAUGCCUCCUACAAUGCUUGAGGAAGCCAAGGUUGUUUAUGUGGCCAGAGACCCCAGGGAUGUGAUCUCUUCGUGUUACCACCACAACAGGAUGUUCAUAUAUGGGCAAUUCACUGGCUCACUGGACCAGUUCGCCGAAGUAUUCAUGAACAAUGACGUGAUCUAUGCUCCUUACUGGCUCCACGUGAAGGAAGCCUGGGAAAAGCGUGAUCACCCUAACAUGCACAUCCUACUCUAUGAGGACAUGAAGAAGGACAUCAUGAGUGAGCUGAGGAAACUCGAUCAAUUCCUGGGAACGAAUCUCACCGAGGAACAGCUGGAAAAUGUGAAGAAACACACGAGCUUUGGUGAGAUGCAGAAGCGAGACUAUCUGACUAGACUCGAAGGAGAGGCGAAAGCUCCUUUCAUGGACGAAGAAGUGGUCAAGAAACACGGCGGAUUCUUCAGGCAGGGCAAAACUGGUGAUGGCAAGAAGAGAUUCAGCCCUGAGAUAUUGGAGAAGGCGGACGAGUGGACUCGGAAGCACUUCAAUUUUGGCCUCGAUUACAACUGAAACAGUGCUUUGCAUUCUUGCAUCAUUGUCAUUAAUUAUAAUCAGUUACUUUCUUUCGUGGUAGAGUAUCUUAGUUUUUUAGGUUUCACAAUUCAUAACGGUGAAGACGACUUUGUCCAGCAUCGCAGACGUUUUGUUGAUGAUCACUAGAGAAUUUCAUUCUUAUAUAAAUCUUAUAUGAAUACUUGUUUGGGAUAUGAGAACGAAUAAUUUUUCGUAAAAUGUUGAGAAGCAUUGAUUUUAUUUUUUGAGAACUAAAGAUAAUGAAAUAGAUGAUUUUGGCAUUUAUAUAAUAAAACGCUACACGUUAGUUAUUGAUACUUGUCGGUGAAUCUUGAGGUGCAAAAUAAAGUUUUAUCAGCUAUAA